GUCUUGGAUAUGCUCUAGGGCUAAAUUCAAGAAAUGGGUUUAGUCCGAAACGCAACCAUGAGAAGCGGGGAUUACUUGGAAGGCGUCUUGACCGACUACGUUAGUGGCAACAAGGCCAGCAAGCUGAAGCCCCAGCGGAGCUACUCCGGCCGCCUUGUCGCGUGCCUCACCUUCCUGCAGUUCGCCUUUGCUGUCUACGCGACCUUCCUGCUGUACUACAUGAGCCCCGCGAUCGAUCUACGGUCCAAGCCAGACUUCGCGUGGGCCACGCGCAUCGCGCAGCAGUGGAAGCAGCUCAUAGUCCCACCCCACGUACUGAGCCGCCACCAACAAUCAGCCAACGCGGUCCUGGGGCCCGAACUGAUCCCGCGGGUCAGCCCUAUGGAGGUGUGCGAGCACGAGAAGAUUGAGUUCGAGCAGAAGAAGUCCAACGAUGCAGUGAUGAUCAAGCUCAAGAGAGAGCUCUACGAUGAGGUAUUGUCAUUCCAGGGCAAGAACUUUGGGACGGAGACUCUGGCUCAGCUCAUGGCGAUAAAGUCCAAGUGGGACUUGAAGGGCCCGAACCGGCCUAAAGUGACUGUGAUCUUGAACCACUUCAAGAGGAAAACGCUCUGUGCACAACUGGACUCGCUGCUCCACCAAACGCUACCGUUUCACCAUGUUUGGGUCCUCUCCUUCGGUAGCCCCAACGAGCUCUCCCUGAGAAGGAUCGUUGAGAGCUACAACGACUCAAGAAUCAGCUUCGUCAGCUCCAGCUACGACUUCAAAUACUACGGGAGGUUCCAAAUGGCGCUGCAGACCGAGGCCGACCUCGUGUAUGUCCUCGACGAUGACAUGAUCCCCGGGAAGAAGAUGCUGCAGAUCCUGUCUCACGUGGCCGGAACUGACAAGUACAAGAACUCGGUCCUCGGGAGCAUCGGGCGGAUCCUGCCCUUCCGGCAGAAGGACUUCACGUUCCCUAGCUACCGGAAGUUCCGGUCGAAGGAGGCGGGGCUCUAUCUGCCCGAUCCGGCCUACAACAUCACAGUGGACCGGAUCGUUCAGGUGGAUUUCCUGUCCAGCUCGUGGUUCUUGUCGGCCGAGCUCGUGAAGACGCUCUUCAUCGAGACGCCCCUCACGUUCAUGACCGGCGAAGAUCUCCACCUUAGCUACCAGCUUCAAAAGUAUAGGAACGCCUACUCCUACGUGCUGCCGGUGGACCCCAGCGACAUCGACACGUGGGGCGACAGCGAGCACCGGUUGGCCUACGUGUCAGAAACGACGGCGAUCUUCAAGGACAUCGUCCAGGUCCGGGACGAUCAGUGGUGGAGAGCCCUCGCCUCCGGCUACGUCACCCAGUGGGCCCAGAUGCACCCGCAGCGGAUCGACGCCCUGUUCUACGCCCACUCCGUCGCCGAGGUCAAGGCCCUUGCCCCCCUCCUGGAGAAGUUCCGCUCCACCGUCGGCAAGAAGGCCUACCUAGCGGUCUCCGGCGGCGGCUUCUGCCCAUGCGAGGCCGCCGCCGCCGUUCUCCAGUGGCCUCCGGCCGUUUGCAGCGAGAGGCGGUUCAAGGUGUUCGACCUGGCCGUCGGGGCGACCUCGGGGGUGUCGGACUCGGAGGUCCCGGUGCUCCAGGUGGUCUACUCGAGCGUGAAGGGGCUAAUUCGGAUCCACAACCCGACCGUGGUGGUUGCGGUGGCUGAUCUGGACGAGAACGUGAAGAAGGCGCUGAGGAUGGCGGCGGAGAGCAACGGGAAUGGGAUGACGACGGUGGUGCUCUUGCCCAGGGCCUCCCUGCCCAAGGUGCUUUGGAUGGCUGAUCUCCGGUCAACGGCGCUACCGAAUUGGAACAGGAUGCGAAUCUCUGUCAACAUCAUCACGCAGAACCGAGCGACGUCCCUGAAGAGGCUACUCACGUCGCUCAGCAAUGCCUUCUACCUCAGCGACGAGGUCCCUAUCAGCUUCAACAUGGACAGCAAGGUGGACGAGGCCACCAUAAAGCUGGUGAACUCCUUCGACUGGCCGCACGGCCCCAAGACCCUACGCCGGAGGAUCAUCCAGGGAGGCCUGAUCCGAGCCGUCAGCGAGAGCUGGUACCCGGCGUCCGACGACGACUACGGCCUCCUCCUCGAGGAUGACAUCGAGGUCUCCCCUUACUACUACUUGUGGGUCAAGUAUGCUCUCUUGGCCUAUCACUAUGACCCGCAGGUCGCGCUCCCGGAGCUCUCGUCCAUCUCUCUCUACACUCCGAAGCUGGUCGAGGUCGUGAAGGAGCGGCCGAAGUGGAAUGCGACGGAGUUCUUCAAGCACAUCCACCCGAAUACGCCGUACCUCCACCAAUUGCCGUGUAGCUGGGGCGCGGUCUUCUUCCCCAAGCAUUGGAAGGAGUUCUACGUGUACAUGAACAUGAGGUUCACCGAGAACGCCAAGGAGAACCCAGUCCAGAUCCCCAAGUCCCGCACCAACGGCUGGCAGGCCUCCUGGAAGAAGUUCCUGAUCGACAUGAUGUACCUCCGGGGCUACGUGAGCCUGUACCCCAACUUCCCGAACCAGGCGAGCUUCUCCACCAACCACAUGGAGCCCGGAGCCCACAUCAGCGCCAAGGACAACGUCGUGAGGCACAACAAGGCCGACUUCGAGGUGCCGCUGCUGAAGGAGGACUUCAGGAACUUCUUGCCCGGCGGGAAGCUGCCUCCGGCGUCGAGGCUCCCCUCGCUGAACCUGUUCAACCAGCCGCUCUCCCUCAAGGGGCUGAAGGCGGCGGGUGCCAAGCUGGGGCAGGACGUGAUUCGCUGCGACAACAAGACCGAGAUAGUGGCGGUCGAUCACGGGACGGGGCUGCCGGCGCGGUGUGCCAAGUUCUGAUGGGUGGAGUAAUCAAAAUUUGUUAUUCUUUCAAUGGAUUUGUUUCCUGUAAAAUCUUGAAGAAAACACUCUUUUUAUCCCAUCUGGGUCGGUGGUCGGACUUAAAAGCUUUGUUCAUCAACUGGUGCUUGUGGGAUAGC